CUCUCUCUGGACCAACAGAGUAGCCAUGGCUUUCAAGUCAAAGCUGUGCUUAUCCGCCUCGAUUCGGUCUCGCUUUUCUCUUGCUGGGUUGAGCUUCAGAUCAUAUUCUUCUUCCCUUUCUGCUUCUUCAUCAAUCCAAGAAUUCAAUCCUCAGUCUCAAGAAGAUGGAGAAGAGAAUAACAACACUGUUAAUAAUAGUCACAUCCAUAUUUCCCCUCAAGAAACCCUACUCGCAGAGAAAUUCCAUUUCCUAAUCAAAGAACACCACCGUAAAAACCCUAGCCCUAACCCUGUCCCUGCCCCACGAAGCCCUAACCUCAUCAUCUCUGCUCUCUCCCUCGAUUUCUCCCGAGCCUCCUCCGGAAACCCCAUUUCCCCUUCCGUGCUACAGCAUGUGAUUGAGAAAUGCGGUGGUGUCCGCCAUGGCAUACCUUUUCUGCAAACUUUGUCCUUCUUCAACUGGGCCACUGAUCGCCCUGAGUUUGUUCACUCCCCUGGACCUUACAACGAAAUGAUUGAUCUUGCAGGAAAAGUCCGGCAGUUUGAUAUCGCUUGGUACGUUAUCGAUCUGAUGAAGAGCCGAAAUGUCGAGAUUCCGAUUGAGACGUUCUCAAUCCUCGUUCGGAGAUACGUACGUGCUGGACUGGCUGCUGAGGCCGUUCACGCAUUUAAUCGGAUGGAGGAAUACGGUUGCACGCCUGAUCGAGUUGCGUUCUCCGUCGUGAUUAGCAUUCUCUGUAAGAAAAGAAGGGCAGAAGAAGCUCAGUCUUUUUACGACAACUUGAAGCAUAAAUUUGAGCCUGACGUGAUAAUAUACACAAGCUUGGUCCAUGGCUGGUGCCGGGCCGGUAAUAUUUCAGAAGCCGAGAGAGUGUUUGGUGAAAUGAAGGAAGCUGGAAUCCAGCCCAAUGUGUAUACCUACAGUAUAAUAAUCGAUGCAUUGUGUCGUUGUGGGCAAAUCACUCGAGCCCAUGAUGUGUUUGCGGAUAUGAUUGAUGCAGGAUGCGCGCCCAACUCUAUUACUUUUAAUAAUCUGAUGCGCAUCCAUGUCAAGGCUGGCCGGACGGAGAAGGUUUUGCAGGUGUAUAACCAGAUGAAGAGACUCUCUUGUCCACCUGACACGAUCACCUUCAACUUUCUUAUCGAGACUCACUGCCGUGAUGAGAAGGUUGAGGAAGCUGUGAAGGUUCUUAAUCAAAUGGCUAAGAACAAUUGUAGCCCAAAUGCUUCUUCAUUCUAUCCCAUAUUCACGUGUAUUUCGAAGCUGGGGGAUGUGAAUGCUGCUCACAGGAUGUACGCUAGGAUGAAGGAGUUGAAUUGCAAGCCCAACACCGUAACAUACAAUGUGUUGAUGCGGAUGUUUGCCGAAUCAAAAUCAAAGGAUAUGGUUCUUAAGCUGAAGAAGGAAAUGGAUGAGAACGAGGUUGAGCCUAAUGUGAACACUUACCGGGUAUUGAUCUCGAUGUUCUGUGGAAUGGGACACUGGCACCAAGCUUACAAGGUCUUCAAAGAGAUGGUUGAGGAGAAAUGCUUGAAACCAACCAUGCCAGUCUAUGAGAUGGUUCUUCAGCAACUCAGGAAGGCUGGGCAGAUAAAGAAGCACGAAGAAUUAGUUGAGAAAAUGGUGGAUAGGGGAUUUGUUACUCGUCCUUUAUGAGUGAUGAACUGAUGAUGAAGGUUGCUCUGCAUCGUUUAGCCAGAUGAGGCCUUUCUGGUUCCAUCUUCAUUUGUACCAUAUUAAUUUAUCUUAGACUUUUGAAUUGCGUCAUCCAGAGAGUAUUAUGUAUUUGUGCUCAUUGCACGCCAAAUUUUGGAAAUAUACAUACUUCCCUUGCCAUUCAAUAUUGUU